UCGCAGGGAGUGGAAGAAGAAAUAUUAAGAUCUGUUAUAAUAUCUACAAUAUUGCAGUCAUUAUAUUCUUUACACUUUAUUUUUCAUGAAGACCUGUAUCUGUAUUCCUUCCUAGCUAUCUCAGAAGGUGUUGGAUACAUGAUAGCAGUGGGAUUUAUGACAUUUCCAUUCAUAUUGACAUUCACUACAAAAGCUAUCUUGGACUAUAGAUUAAAGGCAUCACUGACAGAAAUGUAUAUUGUACUGUGUUUCUAUACAAUUGGACAAAUAUUAUUACAGUCGAGCAGCCACAGGAAAAUGCUCUCUCUAAAAUAUCCAGUCACCUCAGUUUGGAGGGUGAAUGUGCUGCCUAAAUGGAGUGCUGCUGUUCAGACCAGAGCAUAUAUGGGAGAGAUAAUUAUUUAUUGGGCUUUGGCUUUGGUUGCUGGUACCACUUACCUUGGUAUUUUCAUAAUACCAUCAGCAUUUACAGUUACUGUGCUUUCAAGAGCCUUCAGGGAAUAUAAACGUUCAGCAGCCUAUCAAGCAGGUGAAGUUAACACCAAACAAUACUAAGCUGUAAUUCUCAGUAACUCGUGUGAAACAAGAUCAUGCUAAAUGAUUGUGAAUAUGGGGCUAACUGCCAUGUUCAAAUAUGGAAUCAUUUAUAAAAUGUUUUUUUUUUUUUUUUGUGAUAACUACUGUGCACUAUUUGAACUGUCUUUGUUUAGCAAUUGAGCACAUACAUUUUCUUAAAAAAGAGUUUUCAAAGAUUUUAAGAUGGUCUAAAAUUACAAAUGAUCUUUAUGUAGCACUUUUUAUGUAAUCUGAAAGAUUAUAGGAGCAUCAACAUUUAUUGUGGCAAGUUUAGUUUUUAUUGAUCUA